AUGAGUUUCCUAAACCUACACCAACCGGAAAACGAGCUCGACAUAGAAAUCUUUCGCGAUCCCAAUUUACCUUCUUCAUCGUUGUUGUCCUCUUUACACAACAACGAUCAGCGCGUUUUCUCGUGCAGUUAUUGCAGAAGAAAAUUCUACAGCCCACAAGCGUUCGGAGGCCACCAAAACGCUCACAAGCUCGAAAGAACCUUAGCCAAGAAAAGCCGAGAGAUGAGUUUGUCAGCUGCUAGAUAUCAUUCGGAAUGGAACCAGAUGCCAUCCAGGUUCGGUUCCAAUGGUUCUAGCCAUGUUGAACCGGUGCAGCCGCCCACGGUGGUGGGGAUCGAAGGUCUGCAACUGUUUGGUUCAGGUGAAACAAGAAGAGAGAUGGGUUAUGGUUACAAGGGUGAUCAGAGGGUUGAUGAUGGCUUUAACCAGCUUGACUUGUCUCUCAGGCUUUGA